AAACAUAAGUUAUUCAAAAAAUGGCUUUCCUAUCAGAGGAGAUGAAGGCUCAGCUUAUGAAGGUGGUUGGUGUCAGCAAGGAUGAGUUCAAUGUUCUCCUUGAGAAACACUCCCCAGAGAUAUCAAAGUGUGAAGAAAAUCUUGUAAGAUCGUCUCCCUUUGAUAUUCAACAAAUCUUGUUCAAGAAUAUCAUCGAAACUGAAGGAUUGAAUGAGUUAAAUGAGCUAAAAACUAUUGAAGAUAAGGUUGAAUGGAUCUACUCCCGUCUUAUGAUGGAUCAAGAUUUUCGGAAUAUCCGAAACCUACUACCUGAACGGAAGGAGUUUAAGGACUCCAUAAAGAGUAAGGAGUUGAAGGAAAAGGGGAAUCAUGAAUUCCAAAGGAAAAAUUAUCAAGAGGCAAUUAGGUUUUACAACCAAUCAUUCAUCAGUGCUAGUUCUGACAAAGAGAUAGCUUUAAGCUUAGCAAAUAGAUCAGUUGUUUUCUUCAAUUUGAAGGAAUAUUCCAAUUGUAUUCAAGAUUGUAAGGCAGCCCUACUGUUUGGAUACCCCCAAGAACUGGUUUAUAAAGUACAUGAGAGGACUGCACGUUGCUGUGUACAGAUAGGGCAGACGAAGGAAGCUAAAGAAAACAUUCUGCAAGCCAAACUAACCCUGAAUAAAGCAAAGUUGAGUGAAGAGAGGAGGGAAACAGUUGAAGCUGAUCUUGAAACUUUACUCAAGGGUUUACCAGCAGAGGCUGCAGACCAUACACUCACAAAUGGAGCUGUAAAGGUGGAGAUUAAAGAUGAUUCUCAUUUAAAACUUUUAUCCAGAAAUAAAAAGUUUCCAAAUCUCAGCCGAUCUGUCGAUAUAAAAUUCAACCCUGAGGCAGGAAGGCAUGCAGUAGCUAACUCAAAAAUUCAACCAGGAGAGGUGAUCCUAGAAGAAAUUCCUUUAACCUGGACAAUCAAUCCAAACCAAACUCUUAGAACAUGUAUUCGCUGCCUGAAGCAGACGGGGAAACACAUGGUUCCCAGCAAGCAACGUGAAAACCUUUUUUACUGCUCUCUCGUCUGUUACAAUAGAGCCACGGAAUCAGCUGAUCUCAAUUUGGAGAAGAUGCAGGCUGACGAUCACAGAUUGGUUGAUCUCUUCUGUUCAGCCAAUGAGUCUUCAGCUACAACUAUGCUAGCGUUCUGGGCGAUAAGAUCCCAGCCUUUGGAUUUCUUCGUGACCAAUGAAUCAGCUCUGUUUGAGGGUAUUAGUCCUGAGUUUGGGAUUAAUACACCGGAAGGAUGGAAAUUAGAAGGAAAAGAACAAAUUUACAAGAAUUUGUAUAAUCUUGUGUCUCACACUGAUAGCUUACCAGAGGAAACCCUUCUCGAUAUACUUAUCACAUCUACAGUGCUUCUCAGGUCAUUAUCCUAG